CAGUGGUUUCGGUUAUCGUGCACAGCUAUUUUAAGAAUAUGGACUCAUCUUCCAAGCUGAGGGUGACAAAAAUCACAAAGCCUCAAAAGCCUGAAAGGAAGUCCAAUGGUGACGGGCCAAAACGAAUUCUUGUAUCGCAGCCUGUUCAGAAGGCUGUAGUCACACCGACUCAGCCCCAGCGAGUUCUCGGUGUGUCAAACGGUCCACAUCGUGUCCAGCGGCCUGUCACCCAUCAGAAACCAGUAUCUCACGUCCCUGCUGUUAAGUCAAAACACUCUGCUGACCAGAAUGCAAAUCCUGCUUCUCUGAAUGUAAAUCCUGCACCUCAGACAAAGACACAAGUGCCCAGUGCCAACCCAGUAUUAGCCAAGCCCCCUUCAGAAUUUGCAAAGCCGGAAAAGCCACAGAAUAAUUCUGCCGAGAGUGAUCAGGCCUCAUCAUCAAAGAAGCCAUGGGGCCUGAAAGAUUUUGACAUAGGCCGUCCUUUGGGAAAGGGAAAGUUUGGCAACGUCUACUUGGCGAGAGAGCGCCAAACUAAAUUCAUCUUGGCCCUGAAGGUGCUCUUCAAGAACCAGCUAGAGAAAGCUGGGGUGGAGCACCAGCUAAGGAGAGAAGUGGAAAUUCAGUCUCACCUCAGACAUCCUAACAUCCUGCGCCUCUAUGGCUACUUCCAUGAUGCUGCUCGUGUGUAUCUCAUACUUGAGUUUGCUCCUAAAGGAGAGCUGUUCAGUGAGCUACAGCGUUGUGGAAGUUUCCCUGAAGACAGAAGUGCAACAUACAUCAUGGAGCUGGCAGAUGCCCUACACUAUUGCCACGCCAAGAACGUGAUCCACCGGGACAUCAAACCAGAGAACCUGCUCCUUGGAGCCAACGGGGAGCUAAAGAUUGCAGACUUUGGUUGGUCUGUUCACACUCCGUCUUCUAGGAGGUCCACUCUGUGCGGAACACUUGACUACUUGCCUCCGGAGAUGAUUGAGGGCAGAACUCACGAUGAAAAGGUGGAUCUGUGGAGUCUGGGGGUCCUCUGCUACGAGUUCCUUGUUGGAAAACCCCCGUUUGAAGCAAAAACUCACGAUGAGACCUACCACAGGAUUUCAAAGGUGGAGUACACUUACCCUCCACAGACUAACAUCAGUGCUGGGGCUAAAGACUUGGUUGCCAGAUUGCUGAAGCACAAUCCCAUGCAGAGACUUCCCAUCCAGGGAGUCCUGUCUCACCCUUGGGUGCUCGAAUUUUCGACCAAGAAGCGUACAACCCUGAAUAAUCACGAAACCUGUCAAUGACGGCUCU